UAAUCAGUUAAUUAGGUUGAAACCAAAGAAUAAAAACCUAUCUAUUCUAUGUCCUUUAGCACCACCACUCUUCUUUGAAUCAAAAAACUAUGGCAGAAGUAGCCCAACAAUUUGAGUUCAUGGCCGAUGACGCCGGAGCCUUCAAAACUUAUACUCAACAAGCCGGUUCCAUCCGCAAAAACGGUUACGUCCUCAUCAAGGGACGUCCAUGCAAGGUUAUUGAAGUAGCAACUUCAAAAACGGGAAAGCAUGGUCAUGCUAAGUGUCACUUUGUUGGGAUUGAUAUGGUCACUGCAGAGAAGCUUGAGGAUAUUGUGCCUUUUUCCCACAACUGUGAUGUUCCCCACGUCGUCUGAAUCAUAUUGGACUUAAGAAGUAGCCUCAAUUGUUGCAACUUUGUUGUUUCUACUAUGGUGAUUGUGAAUUUUUCUUCUGUGUGUAUAUCAUCAAUAGCUCUAUGAACGAGUGGAUUGAAUCGUGUGUGUAUAUUAUUGGUACUUGUUUUAAUUGUUUUUCCUCUCUUGCACGGUGACUUUUAUUUUAAUAAAUGAGGCUAUUUUUA